AUGCACAGCCAAGACACCAGACACGUGCAGUGGAACCAGCGUGUGGAGGAGUUUGGCGCCAGCCACGCAGGUCACAGCUCUGCAGGGCCAUCGUACCGGGAGUCCGCGCCGUCACAACGGGAUAGCUUUACUUUCUACCAGCAGCACUAUGCCACGGACAAUCUCAAGGGGUGGCCGGGGAUGCCACCCACACCAGUUAUUCCGUCGAUCCCACUUCCAUCUCCUACCAGAGGCGAUGAGAGCGAGACCAACAUCCACCCAUGGCUCGCUGCACCAAUGCCCCUCGACCUAUCCAUCUCAUCCGAAGAGCUCCGCCUGAGGUUAGGGCGAUACCAAGCUCUGCUCGACACUCCAGCCUGCUUCCCACAAACAGACGCCCUGUUCCUCCGCGUCGAUGUUGGGCACUUUCGAGCCAAGAUCGAGGUCAGAUCCCACCGGCAGGCGGGAGCAGCAGUCACGAUCGGCGACGUCUUGACCACGCUGCACGCCGAGCUGCGCAGACCAGACGGCGGAUCUACGCCCUCUGACGCUCUGGCGUACACCCGGCAGCGAAUGGCGGUCGAGAGAUCAGGCAGGGCCCGGAUGGUCGACCACUUGCUGGGCCAGACGUGGUUCGCGGGCUUGUAUCGGGGGGAGGGGCACUGGAAUGUUCGUAUGAUACGGGGAGAGCAAGCCCGCCACGGAUCGUGCAGAUAG